GUGUUAAUUGGUUGACUUGCACAUUUUAAUGACAGAUGACCCCCAACUGAUCUUCUCGAUCGUCAGACCAAAGAACCUCCUCUGGAAUGCUAAGCGUGUACGAGAGAAACAGCCAGUUUCUUAUGAUUUUCUACUCAACCUUGUUGGACCGGCAACUCCCCGAAGACCGCUGGCUAACGAGAGAUCAAGAUUUUAUCUGAAAGCCUUAGAGCUGCUAACUCCCCAUGUCAAAACCGUAGUUGCGAAAGAAAGAGCAACAAGAGACGAGUUACAUAAGCAGAAACGCAGAAAUGUUUCCAUAUAUUUUGCUUCUUUGCUCUGUUUCAUUCGGCCCCUCUUUGUCCAUAAGCACAGAUACCAUAUUUCCCGGUAACACUGGUAACCACUAUAUUGGCAUUUGGUACAAAGGGUUACCUCAGAAGACUCUGGUUUGGGUUGCGAAUAGGAACUGCCCCGUGUCCGACCCAUUCUCUUCGGAGUUGAAGCUCCUUCGGGACAGUAAUUUAGUCAUACUCACUUCAUCCAAGCAUCAAAUCUGGUCGACCGGUUCGACAUUGCUCAUGCCUAAUUUGACUUCAGGAGUGCUCCUUGACAAUGGAAACUUCAUUUUAAGGAAGACAUCUGAUGUGUCUAUUGCUUGGCAGAGUUUCAAUCAUCCGACUGAUACGUGGUUACCCGGUGCCAAGUUUGGAUUCAAUAACCUUACGUCGGAAAGGACAGUUUUGGUGGCAUGGAGAGAUUUAGAUGAUCCAGCUCCCGGGAUAUUCUCUGCAUUCACGGGAGCAGAAGGAACAGCUCAGUUUUCGCUAUAUAACAGGUCGGAAACCUACUGGAAUAGUGGCGACUGGACUGGCGAUGAAUCCAGGCAUCAGCGCUCAGUAACACUGGAAAACGUGGUAAACUUCUCCUUCGUUUCAAAUGAGAAUGAGGCCUACUUCAUAUAUUCUGCAUUUGCUCCUUAUAAUCUUUCUAGGAUUGUGCUCGAACCAACGGGGCUGUUCAAGCUAUUAGUAUGGGCAAAGCAUAUCCAGGAGUGGAAAGUGCUCUGGACACAGCCAACACAAACGUGUGAGAUUUAUCCCUUUUGUGGUGCUUCUUCUAACUGCAAUCAGAGCGAUGCACCGGUUUGUGAUUGCGCUCUUGGACACUUAGAUCAUCUGAAGCUGGAAGAUCAUCUGGGCCGAUGCAAGAGGAGAUCUGCGUCGGAGUGUAGUGGUGACAGGAAAGAUAAUUUUUUCCUCAUGCCUAAUGCACGCUUCCCGAAAAAUUCUGAUUCGUUCAUGGUUGAAAACAUCGAAGCAUGCAGGUUGUUGUGCUUAAGCAACUGUUCGUGCAGUGCAUAUGCUUACAGUGCAAACUGUUGGAUAUGGACGGAUGACAAAUUUACAGUUCAACUUUCGGCCAGUGAUGCAGUUUUGAGAGGUUUCUAUGUCCGGAUUGCGGGGUCAGGCUUGAAGGAAGAAAGUAAGAAAAAGGGGAAACCCAGUUCGAAUUUCAUAAUAGCAGUUGUAGUUGCGUCCGUAGCUUUUCUGUUGGUCCUCAGUGGGUUGCUGGUGACCAUUAGGAGGAGACGGCCUGCUAGUGCAGCGGACGAUCAUUUGAUGCAUUUUGAAUAUCGAGUUCUGAAGAAGGCGACAAAAAAAUUCUCCGAGAAAAUUGGGGAAGGCGGGUUUAGUUCUGUCUUCAGGGGAGCACUGCCAGACUCAACUCCAAUAGCAGUGAAGAAACUUGUGAACCAAAACCAAAGUAACAAACAGUUCCUUGCGGAAGUUAGAACUAUCGGAACAAUACAGCACGUCAAUGUCCUUCGUCUGCGCGGUUUUUGUGCAGAAGAGACAAAGAGGUUCCUAGUAUAUGAGUACCUUGCAAAUGGUUCGCUCGCAGCUCAUUUGUUUCGGAAAGGUUCCAACACCCUCGAUUGGAAAACCAGAUACGGUAUCGCCAUUGGGAUUGCUAAAGGAUUGGAGUAUCUCCAUGAGAGGUGUCGAGAUCGCAUCAUACACUGCGACAUCAAGCCAGAGAAUAUACUGUUGGAUUCAGAACUAUCGCCACAAAUUGCCGAUUUCGGCCUCGCGAAGCUCCUGGGACGGGACGUCAGCUGCGUAAUUACCACCAUGAGGGGAACCAGAGGGUACCUCGCACCAGAAUGGAUUCUGGGAGGCGCCAUCACAUCCAAAGUCGAUGUUUUCAGCUAUGGAAAGCUCCUCUUUGAGAUCAUAUCGGGAAAGAGAAACAUUGAGGAGCUGAAUAGUGAUAUGCGCGAUUAUCUCCCGCUUCAGGUAGCCAAUUCAAUAGCCAAAGGAGAAGAAGUCUUGCCACUCGCGGACCGCAGAUUGAACGGACUCGUGGAGAUGGAAGAAUUAUGCAGGGCAUGCAAAGUGGCUUGCUGGUGCAUUCAAGACAGCGAGCGAGAUAGGCCAACUAUGACUCAGGUAGUCCAGAUUUUGGUGGGGGCUAUGGCAGUAGAAAAGCCUCCGAUCCCAAGAACUUUAUUGCGACUUGUAGGAAUCAAUGAGAGUGAAGCAUAAAAAAAAGCACUA